AUGGAGAGUUCAAAAAGUAAGAAUAGUGACAAUCUGGGUGUGAACAUAAUGGGUAAGAACAUUAGAAAAGGUCAUAUACAUGAAAAUAACUAUGAUAUGUUCCUUUCUUCUAGAGGGCGUCAACAAGACGAUUUCAUUUACAACAUUAGGAAAGAAGAUUUUAUGGACUUUGUUCAGAUGCACACUGGAUCACAAAAUACGCGGUUAAACAAGAUGAGACCUCCACCAUUGAUCCAUGUCCAGAAGCCACCAAUAUUGGCAACUUCUUCCCCACUUCUCGACAAUAACAAUGUUGUGUUGCAAAGACCUCCACUAUAUAGACAGGCGUCAUCAAGUCUAUUAAAACCAGUGAGUCCAAGAAACACCAUAUAUGGUAAUGCAGUUGAGUCACCUACAUCUGCCUACAUAAGAUACUUGGGAAACUCAGAUGUUGGUUCAUGGGGUAUUCAAGCACAUACUCAUUCACAAACUUACCCUCCACCUGUGCCCACUACGAGUGUUGCAGCUACCCAUUCACAUGUGCCUACUAUAAGUAUUGCAACUGAUACACAUAUGUCUGCUAUGAAUCUCCAAUCUCCCCAGUCUAGUGAUCCACUGUUAUCACCAGAAAUGCAGUUUCCAUCUUCUUACACAGAUUCCCCUUUAUCUCCAAUUUUACCAACAUGGUAUCCUGAGCUUAUAUUUUCUCCUGGACAAUUCCCACCAUCUCCUUCAGAUAGAGGCAGCCUUCGUGGCGCGGCGACUUCUAGGUGUUGGCUGACUGAAGAUCUUAAUGACGACGUGGUGGUCCAUGGCAGACUCCGGGAAAGCCUUCUGGACCAUGACGACGAUAUUAAAUGGGGGUUCACUGGCCGACUCCCUGGAUCGCGGUUGUUGAUGUUAUGGCAUUGGAAGUGCAUGAUAUGUGUCCUUGGCUUGGGCUAUAGGAAAGGAACAGAGCCAUGGUGGAUUGUGGUUUCUAUUCGGAUUGCAAGGUUUGGCCAGGUUAUUGUGGAUGAGUGUGCAUUUUGGCAAAGAAAGAGAGGUCCUAUUAGUGGAUAG